CCAUGAAAGAAAUUGACAGACGCUUAUGUGGACUUUGACGGUCCAACCAUAACCAGUGAACGAAGAAUUUACUGGGAAGACCCAUCCGUUCGUAGUUCGUACUAUUCUAUAGUCGUCGUAACUAUCGAGAAGAUAUCCGCUGACAGGGGAGACCCAUCUUUUUUCCACGUGGCAUACAAGUCUCUUCGCACGUGGGAAAGUCCCCAUCGACAAUCGCCACGUGCAAGAAACCCACCCGUCUUUCUUCUGUAUAAAGGAAAUCUGCUCCAAAUCGUCUCGUUUCAUACCAUUCUCGUGCCGAAAAGAAAAUGGGAUUGGUUGCCGGUUUCAGCUCACAAAAACCGCACGCAGUGUGCGUGCCGUACCCGGCACAAGGCCACAUCAACCCCAUGCUGAAGGUGGCGAAGCUUCUCCACGCGAGGGGCUUCCACGUCACCUUCGUCAACACGGAGUUCAACCACCGCCGUCUCCUCCGGUCGCGUGGCCCUCACGCGCUGGACAAACUUCCCUCGUUCCGGUUCGAAACCAUCCCCGACGGUCUGCCGGAGACAGAAGUGGACGCGACGCAGGAUAUCCCCGCCCUCUGCGACUCCACCAGGAAGAACUGCCUCGCUCCGUUCAAAGAGCUGCUCCGGCGGAUUAACCUCGCCGGCGGUGAGAUACCGCCGGUGAGCUGUGUAGUUUCUGACGGCUGUAUGAGCUUUACGCUUGACGCGGCGGAGGAGCUCGGAGUUCCGGAGGUUUUGUUCUGGACGACAAGUGCUUGUGGUUUCUGGGCAUAUCUCCAUUAUUACCAGCUGGUAGAGAAGGGUUUAGUCCCCUUAAAAGACGAGAGUUACCUGACAAACGGGUACUUGGACACGGAGAUCGACUGGGUGCCGUCCCUGAAGAACUUUCGACUCAAAGACUUCCCCACCUUUGUCCGUACCACCAACACAGAUGACGUCAUGCUGAGGUUCGUCAUACGCGAGACCCAUCGAGCCAAACGCGCCUCUGCUAUCAUCCUAAACACGUUCCACGACCUCGAGCAUGACGUCAUCCGGUCCAUGCAAUCCAUCCUCCCUCCGGUUCACCCGGUCGGUCCGCUCCACCUCCUCGUGAACCGUGAGAUCGACAAGGACAGCGAGAUCGGACGGCUGGGAUCGAAUCUCUGGAAAGAAGACACGGAGUGUUUGGCGUGGCUCGACGCGAAGGCACCGAACAGCGUAGUCUACGUCAACUUCGGGAGCAUUACGGUGAUGUCGGAGAAACAGCUUGUGGAGUUCGCGUGGGGUUUGGCCGGAAGCAGGAAGGAGUUCUUGUGGGUGAUUCGGCCGGAUCUCGUCGGCGGAGACGCGGCCGUGGUUCCGCCGGAGUUCAUGGCGGAGACGGCGGACAGGGGGAUGCUGGCGAAUUGGUGCCCACAAGAAGAAGUUCUGUCGCAUCCAGCGGUGGGGGGAUUCUUGACGCACAACGGAUGGAACUCAACGAUUGAAAGCAUCUCCGGCGGAGUUCCGAUGAUAUGUUGGCCGUUCUUCGCCGAGCAACAGAUGAAUUGCAAGUUCUGUUGCGACGAGUGGGGGACUGGAAAAGAGAUCGGAGGUGACGUGAAGAGGGGGGAGGUGGAGGCGGUGGUAAGGGAGCUUAUGGACGGAGAGAUGGGGAAGAAGAUGAGAAAUAAGGCGGAGGAGUGGCGGCGCUCGGCGGAGGCCUCCGUGGCGGCGCCUUCCGGUUCGUCGUUCGUCAAUUUCGAGGCGGUGGUCGAUAGGGUGCUUUUAGGCCACAACUAAAUCACUGGUUCGUUUUCGUUUAGUGACAUAGAUCACUUGUUCGUCGUCGUUCUCAGUUAACAGAUGCAUGUUUAAUAAAUAGGCAUGAAUAAACAGAUGGGCUUCGCCACAGGUUGGGCCUAUUUCUACAUUUAUGCCCACUAUGGUUGUAUUCUGUAUUGGGCCUUCAGAAAACAAUUCUUAAUAAUAAAGAAAUGAGCCUACUUCUUGUAUCACAUGUGAAUGUGAUGGGCUUAUAUUAACUUC